CAUUUUUAGCUUUGAUAUCUAACCUUUCACAUAAUAUACUAGUUUUAAACAUUCAUAUGUGUUAAAUUAACACAUAAAUAUUAAAUUUUUAAUUUUAAUCUUAAUUAUAUAUAUAUAUUUUUAUCUAUAUAUUUAUGCGUAUAAGUCAAAAAUAAUAUGUCAAUCUUUGGUAAAUCAGAUAUUUCACAGAUCAUAGAAGAACCAUCCAUUUUAUCAUCUGAUCCAAUCGAGCGGAAGUUGGCACGUAGACUUCGUAUACAACGACAUAUAGAAGAACGAGAUAAACAGAUAAAAGCUCAAGAUCAAGAAAUUGAAGAAAUAACUGACAUAGAAAAGCAAAUUUUUGAUAGUAUAGAAGCUUUGGAAAAAUUAACUAUAGAAGGGGAUGAAGUGAUCGCUGGUGUUAAAAUCGCAAACGAUGCCAAGGAAUUGGAAAGACGAAAGGAAGUGGAAGAGAAGAGGCAGAAAUUAUUGGAGAUCCUCGAGGAAGAGAACAAAGUAUACAUGGAGAAAUACGACGAAAUUACGAAAAAAUGGCCUGAUAUACUUGCCUUGAAACAUCCGUUGGAUAUUCAUGAUGAAAUAGAACUUCAAAAUGCCAGGGGUCUCGAAAUUCUAAAGAAAAAGGACGAUUUCAUCGCUCUAUUGAAGCAAGAGUUGCAGAAUGCCGAUUUAAUGUUCACUGAAGACGUGAAGAAACAAAACGAAGAUAUUAAUUUACUCAUCGAAAGAAUGGAAAGUCAAGUGAAAACGAUGACUAAAGCUUAUCGCCACGAGAUGGAACUGAUCGAAACUGUUAUCGAAUCUGAGCGUAAGAUGCUGAUGGAAAUUUCUAUGGAAAAAUGGAAUGCGCUGUUUAAGAAGCUUCAAGAGGAUACUUUUGAAGAGAAGGAGAAAAGAAAGGAAAUAAUGAAAGAAUAUGAGAUAGAGAUGGAGAAAGUAAUAAUAGAACAUCAAGAGAAAUUUAGGAAGCAAAAGAUCAUGUACGAGUUGGAAAUACAGAAUCUUCAACAGGAAGUGCAAAAUAUGAAAGCUUUGUGUAUAAUGAAUAUUGAGAAAUUGGAUUACAAUUUUGCAGUGUUGAAGCGGCGAGACGAAGAAAAUACUAUCGUGAAAAAUCAGCAAAAAAGAAAAAUCAACAAACUUCAAGAUAUUAUUAACAAUUUAAAAAAAACUUAUUCCGAUUUGGAAGAAUCAAAAAAGGCGGAAAUUCAAAAGCUCACUAAUCAAAUAUUAAAAUCGCAAAAAUCUGUGUUGGAAUUGAAGAAGAAAUCUAAUUAUCUUGCGAUCAUCAAUGAUAAGAAGUACAUGCAAGUUUGGGAUAUGAAUAUUAAAACUGCAAACGAAUUAAUCGAUAAGAUUUUAACGGCAGAUAGAAUUAUACACGAACAAUUGUUAUUACUGGAAUGGCAACCACCGGAGGAGGAGUUAUUGAAAAAAGAAGAUUUGCCUUCGUAUUGUGGCGCGAUGUGUGCCUUAAAAACAGAACAAGAGGAAGCCAAGAAAAGAAGAACGAUCACUAAAUUAUACAAACCACCAACUACUUUGGAAGAAAUAAAUUUAGAAAGACGCUUAUUGAAUCAUAUUUUUAAAUUGAUUUCUAAUCAAUGUGAUUAUCUUAUUGAAGACACAUUGAAAAUCUUACUUUCUGAAUAUACGGAAGAGAAUAAUUUAUUGAUUCGAUUGGAUAAAGUAUUCGAGGCGUUAAAAAUAACGAAUGAACAAGAACUUCAAUUUUUAUUAAAUUUUUUCUUACCAUACGCGCAUUGUCCCACUUGCACAAUUAAAAUUGUAAAAAUUCCUAGCGAAGAAAUUACAGAAAGUUCGUCUUUAAGCACUCUUCCCGACACUUGUGAAAACGAUUUCGAUAUGGAACAAAUUAAGUUAAUAGGAGCUGUGAAAGCGGCGCUUUAUGAUGAAUCAAAAACUGACGAUAAACAUGAGACUGAGAGUCAGAUGAAGGAAAGUAUAUCAGAAGAAUCUUCUUCGAUUGAUUCAACACCUGUUGAAACAUAUAUUGCAUCGACUUGUAUUUCUGAAGGCAUUAUUGAAGUUACCGAUGCUGAUGGUGAAUCAAAAAGAUUAUUAACAUGCGAUAAAGGUCAUUUAUUGGCAAUUGAGACUGAAUUUGUUUUAAAUGCAAUAAAAGAAUUUGUGGAAAGAUGUGAAUUCGUUAAGAAAGAAAUUUCAUUGGAUAAAGAUGUAAUAAAAGAGAAAAUAACAGUAUCUCGUAAUAUAACGGAAAAAGAUAUAAUAGAAUUUUGGGAACGAUAUCGAAAUAUGUUUUCGAAAGACAAAGAAAAAUUAUGGGAUAAUUUGUUGGUUGGUCUUAAACAGUAUUAUAAAGUGUUAAAAGAAAGGCAUAAAUUAAAUGCUGAGAUAAAAGCAUUACGAAAACAAAAUACUGAAAUGCGUCGUUUACUAAGUGGAAAUAUGCCAGAGCCUGAAAUCAUGCAGCAAAUUCAAAAGGAUAUAAUGGAUUCUACAUUUUAUAUGUAAUAGGAUCAAUAAAAAUUAUAAAUUAUUAUUACUUAUAACAUUA